UAUGGCCCGUGAGAUCCGCCUCUCUUCCCAUCAACCUGCGGCUCAUCCCGCUUUUCCAUUGGCCUUUUAUUCCAGUGACAGGCGGCUAUUCCUGAACUCGCUUUAAUCGCAUCUAUUCCGCGUCUCCCUCGAUACGAUCGGAAGCGACAGAGUUAAUUUCGCUCUUUUCCACACGCAGACGUCUGUUUACCUCGGAAUUAGACCGUGGUUUAUUGGUAGACGGUCGUUUGCGCUCUAAUUCAAUCAGCAGACAUCGUGCGGGAGGUGGGGCCACCGAACAGAACAGCGCGUAUCACACCAUUAUUUUCCUGUAAGUGCAUCCAAGAAACAUGAGUGAUUCAGAGAAACAAACAGUCUCCCUUAAAGAAAAGGACGGAGUUGAGAAAAGGGGACGAGGAAGACCAAGGAAACAUCCAAAGGAAUCGAGUGGGUCGCCAACUGCGAAAAGACCAAGAGGGCGGCCAAAAGGCAGCAAAAACAAAGGCCCAUCCAAGAGAAAAUCAUCGGCUUCUGGCAGCAAACCUAAGGGAAAACCGAAGAAAGAGGAAAAGGAAAAACCUCAGGACUCAUCUGAGGAUGCUGAGGAAGAUGACGAGGAGGAGCAGUAACAAUCUAACUGGAGCACUACCUCAUACUCAACCAAACAAACCAACCAACCAACCAACCGUCUGCUCUCCAACCUGUGAAUAACAUGGAAUGUCAUUCACAUCUUUCUACAGCCACAAAAGGACAGUAAUAGAUACAUGAGUUUUACGUCAUUAGAUCAAAUAUACUGUAGAAACCAGAAUCACACUGCAUACAAAUGUCAUGUGUAUCCAGUUACUUUUACUAUAUAUCUAUCGGACUGAGGUGCUUUUCUACUUAUACUUUGUUUGUAGUUGUAGACUAGAUUUGUCCAUGUUGUAGACUAGAUUUAGAUCAAGCUAUAAUUUAAUGUGUAACAUCAUGGGCUUAAUAGUUCUCAUAGAAUGCAUUCAUUUUGAAUGUAGCUGUUUACAGUUUACCAAUUAACAGUUUACCUAGCUUUUUGUUAGAGUAUAUUACUGUGCAACCUUCAGUGAAAAUUUGUUUCAAGGCAGGUUCUUAUAUUUUGUAAUCAAAUAUAAGUUACCCAGGCCAGGUUUGAGGGAGCACAUAGAUUUAGCUUGAAGGAAUAGUUCCCCCAAAAAUGAAAAUUUGCUGAAAAUGUACUCACCCUCAGGCCACCCAAGAUGUAAAUGAGUUUUUUUUUGUUCAUCAGAACAGAUUUGGAGAAAUGUAGCAUUACAUCACUUGCUCACCAAUGGAUCCUGUGCAGUGAAUGGGUGCCGUCAAAACGAGGGUUCAAACAGCUGAUAAAAACAUCACAAUAAUCCACACCACUCCAGUACAUCAAUUAACAUCUUGUGAAGCAAAAAGUUGCGUGUUUGUAAGAAAAAAAUCCAUAUUUAUCCAUAUAUACUUAAAAUAUGAGUCCGUAAUUCAUAAUAUUACUUCCUCCAGUGAAAAAGUCUUCUCGUCUGAAACAGGAGAGAAAUAUGCAAAGAUCAAACACCACUUACAACAACAACAAAACAUCCCAGAACAAUUCUAAACAAACAUGUGGGUGGAUUUUGGUGUGAGAGGACAAUAUGGGGACUCUCAUUCUGACGGCACCCAUUCACUGCAGAGGAUCCAUCGGUGAGCAAGUGACGUAAUGCUAAUUUU